AUGGGAGCAUCAGAAGAGGGUCAAGUUAUUCUGGCAACGGCUUUGGUGCUAGUCAAGGAUGUUACAGGUGCAUACAAGUUGGGAAGAGCCCUACUAGAUUCAUGCUCGCAACUCAACUUCAUCACCGGUGACUUCGCGCAAAAACUUCGUCUUCGUCGUGAGAAACACAAUGUGGGAGUCCGCAGUAUUGGUGAAUCGUUAACCAAUCUAAAGUCACGUACGACUACGACUAUCAAAUCGGGCACUUCAGCAUUUCAACUGUCGCUACAGUUUGGAAUCACUUCGCACAUAGCAUACCAGCCAGACACCGAGAUCGACACGUCCGAUUGGAACUUGCCAGCUAAUACAAAACUUGCAGACGAAACGUUUUUCAAGCCCCGGCGCAUCGACUUGUUGUUAGGCACAGAAGCAUUUUUUGACGCCCUUGCUUCAAAUGAAAGCUCCAUCGACGAGAACUUGCAACGCCUAUGGAAACUAGAAGCCAUCAGUACGCCAACCAAAUCGAUUCAGCCGGAACAUCGCAUGUGCGAAGAGAUUUUCAUGAAAACUGUUCGUCAAGAUAACACUGGACGCAUAAUAGUAAGUAUGCCUUUUAAAGAUGACCCCAUUUGUCUCGGAGACUCCUUCGAUGUUGCUCGCCGGCGAUUCCUCGCGCUUGAGAGACGCCUUCUACGUUCGCCCGAAAUUCGUCCGCAGUACAUUGCCUUUAUGGAAGAGUACGAAGGUCUUGGCCACAUGUCAGAAGUAGCACAACCCAACUUAAAGGAGCCACACUACUACAUACCACAUCAUUGCGUGCUAAAACCUAGCAGUACCUCAACGAAAUUUCGAGUUGUGUUUGACGCCUCGUGUCGCACCUCAUCGCAAACCUCAUUAAACGACCUAUUACUGGUAGGCCCAACAAUCCAACAAGAUUUAUACAUGCUACUACUGCGUUUUCGUUUGUAUCGUUACGCCAUCACCGCAGACGUGGCUAAAAUGUACAGGCAAGUACUUGUAGAUAAUAACUUUCGACAAUUCCAAUGCGUACUUUGGCGAGCUUCCCCAGAUUCAGAUAUCCGCACGUACCAGCUGAACACGGUCACAUAUGGCACAGCCUCGGCUCCAUUUCUCGCAGUACGCAGCCUCCACUAUCUGCCGGACCAACACAUGGCAGAGCUUCCGAUCGGCGCUUCAGCAAUAAAAUCAUCUUUCUAUGUCGACGAUAUGUUAUGCGGUGCCGAAGAUGUGAAUGAGCUAUAUACCCUCAAGCAUCAAGUUGUCGAAGUACUCCGUCGCGGGCAAUUUCCACUAUCGAAAUGGCACUCAAAUCACCCCGACUUUAUGGAAGGUCAAGCCACAAAGGAGCUCAGUAUCACUGACGAUUACCUCAACGCUCGCAACAUUCAACUACAUGGGUUUUGCGACGCAUCGAUUCGGGCUUAUGGUUGCUCGGUAUAUGUACGCACUGAAGACUUACGCGGUCACGUUGUAGUUCAGUUGUUGACGUCGAAGUCGAGAGUCGCCCCAGUAAAAAAGCAGUCGCUCCCUAAACUCGAACUUUGUGGUGCGCAUCUUCUGGCUUGCCUUUACGCCAAAGUAAAGGAUAUCUUUGCUAACAAACCCAUUAACAGUUACUUUUGGACUGAUUCCCAAUUGGUGCUGUAUUGGCUGAAACAGCAUUCAAUUACGCUGUCAACUUUUGUGGGAAAUAGAGUAUCCGACAUACAGGAGUUGACCGGUGGUGGACAAUGGAGACACGUUCCAACGCGCGAUAAUCCUGCAGACCUUGUAUCUCGAGGUUGCUCUACUGCGGAUCUCAAAUCAUCAAGUUGGUUUUCCGGUCCAGCCUUCCUACUUCAGGAUCAGUCCAAAUGGCCAAACAACAAGGCUCUAGCUGAUCUGGAUGCGAACAUUAUCAAUGCAGAAAAACGCAAAACGGCUUUCACAGUAAUUAAGGAAACUAAUCAUAUUCUUGACGUCAUUAAUGGCAUUAGUUCUUAUCCUCAUUGCUUACGUCUCGUCGCCUGGCUAUUUCGGUUCUCCGACUCGUGCAGGAAGCAGUCAACAUUCACUACAGCUUCACCAUCGCCUGAAGAAUUGCGACGCGCGUCGCAUUGCAUAACGAUUCGACCGGCUUUGAGCUCAUCAAGGGCACCCCACUUCGGCGGCCUCUGGGAGGCAGCGGUUAAAAGCGCAAAGGGACUGCUAUAUCGCACAUUGGCUCAUACAAGGUUAACCUUUGAAGAACUAAGCACCGUCGCCGUGGAGAUAGAAGCCAUACUAAACUCGCGCCCACUCUCCCAGCUGUCAUCAGAUCCUAACGACUUCGAAGCACUCACUGCUGGGCAUUUUUUGGUCGGUUCCUCGUUACGAGCUCUACCCGAGCCCUCACUGGAAGAUCGCAACAUAUCGAACUUGGAUCGGUAUGAUAUGAUCACGGCUAUUAAGCAACGCUUUUGGCGGCGCUGGUCUGCGGACUACGUCAACGAAUUGCGCGCACGGGUCAAAUGGACGACUCCUGCACCCAACCUGACAGAAGACACAUUAGUCAUCAUCCACGACGAUAAUCUGCCACCACAACGUUGGAAGCUUGGUCGAGUUGAGUCCACCGUACUUGGACGAGGUGGUCACGUUCGAGUUGUGCACCUCCGUACUGCCAAUGGUACCUGCUGUCGGCCUAUACAUAAACUUGCUAUUCUGCCAGUGUCUUGA